ACGCACCAUGGUCCUCUACCGGAAGUGCAGUGACGUUGGCGCGUUUGUUGAAAACAGACCCGGGCAGACGUUGUUGACAUGAUGACACUCACCAUCAAACACACACUGAAGUGACAGAGUUUGGUGUUAUAUGAGGCUGUUUCGCCGAGGCAGGACGCAAGACACUCAGCAUGGAGUUGUCCCCCCUUAUAAAGAAAAUAGGCCACUCUCUGGUGGAGAUCAGAGUCCGAGCUCUGAAAAGCAUCAUAAGCAAGCUGGACCAUUCCCUGAUCUCUGUCCCUGACAUUGUUCAAGAGAAGAUGCUCUUCGUGUAUCUUCUGGAGUGGUUCAAUUUCCCCGAGGUGCCGAUGCAGGAGGAGGUCCUUGAACUGCUCUCGACUUUAUCACAGCAUCCUUCUGCUGCCCAGAUGCUGAGAGACGUUGGUGCGGUAGACUUCCUCACCCAACUGUCUCCUAACGUGGAACCCAGACUGCGAGCUGUCAUCGAUGGAACCCUGGACCAGCUGUUUCAGCUACCUGAGCUACUCCCCAGUCAUACGACGGUCUACUCGCAUGGACAGCGUGCUGCAACUCCAACAGAUUUAGCUGUUCCACCUGAAGAGCAUUCAACUAAAACAGGCUUUUUCAAAAUGAGCAUACAGAGCCAAACAGAUGUACCGCCUCAGAGGAUAGCAGUGCAUGAGACCGUGAGAUGUCUCAAGUUUUCUGUGUUUCCAUGGCUGACUUUGACAAACACAGACAGACACAUACUUUCAUCCAACGAGAGCUCUCUAAGCAGCAGCAACCCCAACUUGGUGCGGACCACGUGUGAACUUCUCUGUGACGUCAUCAUGCAAGACUUUCCGGCGGAGAUCUUCCUCCAAAGGCCCAGCAUCGUAAAGAACCUCCUGGCCCUGUUGAGGCUGCACGGCUCAGGUAAAGGUGAGGCCAGCUACCUCCACUUGCAGGCUCUUUCAUGCCUGAGACAGCUUUGUGUGGGGCUCAGGAGGAGGCUACGCUUUCAUCAAGAUCCAAGCUUCUACUCUACAAAGCAAGAUCCCGGCUCCCAGAACUCAUCCUUCUCCGUCUCCCAUGAGGUGCGGACCCAGCGCUCCCAGGCCUCCUCUCCGGGGGCAGAGUGUUCCCCUCGGCCUUCUGUGGUGGGACGCACAGACCAGAGAGCCAGGGGAGAUGGCCAGGAUGGAGAUGCAGCAUCCAACAGUGGCAGCUCGCAGAGAGGUGGAGCAGCAGCCCAGGCCCCCAGGCAGACCCCCCAGUCGCCUGCAGAUGUGGCCCAUAUGGCGCUUCCUGAUCUGGGUGUAGAGGAUGUCCUGGAGCUGCAGUUACAGCAGCUCACUUUGGCUCAGUUCACUGUUGCAACCUUGGAACAUGCCAUACCUCUGCUGAAGACAGACUCUUCGCACGUGUUCCAUCGUGUUCUGGAGCUGCUGUGCGACGCCGUCCUCCUGCUCGGGGACAGCGUCUGUGAGCUGGUCUGGGACGAGCGCAGCCUGGUGGGGAUGGAGCUGAAGGAGAAGCUGCAAGCCUGCAUGGAGCUACUGGGGGAUAUCCUGAGCUACCAUCAGAGCUGUUCAGCAGACAUUCCCCACAGCUGUCAGGUUCAUCACAGAACGGCUUACACAGGCACUGCUAUAUUCACCGUUAAACUCCUACAGACCAUCCUACCUCCUGAAAAGGCCGUUGAAAAUCUCCCGGAAAACACAGCAAAAGCUAUUUUCCAUCUAUCCUUGGAUACGUCAUUGGGAAGCUUACUACCCAGCAUGCAAGAGACAGCCGUGGCCUACUUGGAGCAGGUGAAUUCCGACAGCUAUGAUCUCUACAGGAGGGUGGCCCGUGCUGCUCUUUGGAUGGAAUCCACCUGCAACUUCCUCAAGGAAGCACAAGCUGAGGGAGAGAAGAACUGGUUGGAGUUACUGGAGCUGGCAGAUGAAGCAAUAAGCGGCCUCCCGUUUCAUCAGCACCUGCCCAUCGUCAAAGAAUGCGUUCACAUCUGCUCCUACCUGUGGAAGUUUGAUCAGCCCAGCCCCCUCCUCCAGACAGAGAGCCAGAAACUGCUCCUCAAGCUGCUGUCACAUCCCAUACCGCCUGUGAAGACAGAAACCUACGAAUGCUGUUUCAACCUGGUCAAGGACUGCCUUGGCAUCCAGAAUGUGUCACGACAGGAACCGGGAGCCUGCGGUGGAGUGAACUUCCUUCUUCACCACAGGGUGCUCUAUGAAAUAAGCGCUUUUGGGCUCCAGGAUUCUGCAGAGAAGGUGAACGCUGCUGCCAAGGAUAUCCUGCUUUUCCUGCUGAAGGGGCGAUUGAUGAUGACAGCAUCAACCUGGGAGAGAUUCAAUGAGGCACUUUACCCGGUCAUGCCAAUAUUACAGGGUUACUCCAGCACUGAGGAGUCACUGGGAAACUGUGUCCUGCUGAUAAGUGACAUGUCAGACGCGGCGAGGGACAGCGUGUUUCCAAGCACAGCCAAACUAAAAGCAGCGCUGAGACUCCUUUUCACCAAACAGCCCACAGUGAGAAUAGCAGCAGUGCAGCAGAUCCUGCCCCACCUGAACAGUGCUGAUGAUGCCAGCACCGCCAGACCAGACCUGGAUCAACAAGUGGUUUCCUCACUUCCAAAUCUGUUUUGCCUCAGGAGCCCGUUAGACAUUCGGCUGGACACAAGCAACAAGUCUGUGCUCAAGGUGGAGUCGGUGGAGAAGCUGUUUUGUAUACUGACCUCAGACACUGUUGACAUCUCCCUGAGAAGAUCAGCAGCCGAGCAGCUCGCUGUAGUGCUACAAGACACAACAAUGCAUCCAGUGCUGAAGAAUCUCGAAAUAACCGACAAAGUCAUUUCUUUCAUUAUGGAGAGUGUAAACGGCAACACGAGCUCCGAUUGCCUGCUGGAGCCUUGUGUUUGCAUCCUGAGGAAGCUGGUGUAUGCAGAUCCAGCUCUGAGGCACAGCCUGGCACAGCGCAACCUCCUGCUCCUCACUGUGCUCAGGGCGUCCUUGAUAUUGAAGGAGAACAAAGGCAAUGGAAGCGAGAUAGCUGUCCUAAUGAGCUUGCUGUUAUUUGAUGAGAUUGCAAGCAUUGAAAUGUGGUCAGACAGUAAAAACACGGAUGUGAACCUUGCACCGUUUUCCCUACCGCUGUCUGUAAUUCGCAGGUACAACAUCCCUUUCCAGGCAGCAUCUCAUCACGCUGUCAGCCCGCACUGCUGCGUCCUGCCCCCUUCAGCUGACCUGCUGACACUGGCACCCGCCCGCCAAGCCCUACAGGUGGCCUGGAACACUGCAUGGCUUUCUGGGAUGGACAACCUGCUCGAAGAGCUGCAAGGCAUUUCAACCUAUGCUGAUGAAUUUCAUCCUGACUUAAAGCUGUCAGAAGCACAGGUUCUGUCUCUGCGGGUGGUGCACCUUCCCGCUGCGCUGCAGGACUGCAUCCAGGCCAUCGUCAUGGCGGCGGGACACAGUUUGGUGACCUCUGCCCUCUCCAGGCUCAAUCUCUAUCUGCUCAUCGACAGGCUGGCCCUCCCUCACGUUCCCACCCACAGCUGCAGAGACACUCUACAGGUGCUCAGUUGGCAGGCAGCAGUAACCAGGUUUCUCCAGGUGCGUCCAGCCUGUGUGGAGGAUGAGAGGUUGCUGGUGGGCAUUGUUGCAUUUUUGAAUGCCUACUUCAAACAGGUGCACACUGAGUCCACAUCAGACCCAGAGGACAAGGACCUGCGCUGGAUACUGGAGCUGCUCCUCAACCAGGAGGCUGCAUCGCUUCUUAAUUUGCUGCUUGGUGUGGAGACCCAGACCUCGACUCAAAGCCCAGGGGAGCAGGAGGAGCUGAAGAACCACAUCAGCCAGAGACUGCAGAGAGAGCUCACCAGCUUCUUUAACAUCUUACUCCUCCGAGUGACCAACACCACUGACAGGCUCUGUCUGGCACUAGCAGGCCCCUUCAAGAGCCAGCUGGCACUCCGUUUGCUUCAGUGCCUGCGGGUGUCCGACGCCCCACGUUUCUACGGCCUUCCCAGCCUGGAGAGGACACUGCAGGGCAUGGUCAGCCUGACUGCCCAGCCUGGCUGGAGCUCCCACUGCCCCGACCUGGAGCCUGUGUCCCUGUGCACCAAGUAUCUCAGUGGGCUUCUAGAGGUGAUCUCAUCGUUUUAUGUGGAGUGGGGAGGCAACUCCCUCUCCUUCAUGGGGAAAGGUGUGACUAAGAACGCCGUCAUCUGUUUGCUUCAGCUGUCCCAUGAGAUGCUUGCUGAGAACAAAGACAAGGAGGAUAUGGAGGCACGCCAUCCAUAUUUGCAUACGGACUUCAUAUCCCAGUGGUCUUUGGGGAAUGAAGCAGCUGCUGAGGAAGCGAGCGCCUCUCAGCUCGGCCUGGCCUGGCUUAUCCCACUCUGGGUGGACAGAGAUCAAGAGGUGAGGUGUGCCAGUUUAGGUUUGGGUGCAGCUCUGUCCUCAGUGCCCAGCGGGUGCCAGGCUCUGUGUGCCAGCUGUCAGAACAUCAGCGGAGGACUGUGGGGGACGCUGCUCAACAUCCUCCUGGAUCAGCAGGAGAGCAGCAUGGUCCGCAGAGAGGCUGCAUUUAUCCUGCAGAAUUUGCUGGUGAUGCCCAUGCCUGCCAACGCGGAGGAGGCCAAGGACUCCCACUGGCAGCACCCAUGUGUCCACGAUGAGGUGUCCGGUGUGUCUCUGGUGGGUCUUCCAGCGCUCCAGGCUCUGCUCUACCACUGUCAGUACUUCCAGCAUGUGGCUGUCUGUGCUGCUUGUUGUUACCGAGGCAGGUACACCUACCACCUGCAGCUCCGUGGUGGCAACACCAAAGGGCCGGGCUCUCAGGGGAGCAGUUCGAUUGACUCAGAGAAUUCUUUGUGGUUUUGGAGAUGUGACCCACCAGCGCCCACGGCCAACUCCAGCAGACCGUCCAGCUCCCUCUCCACUUCGAGCACAGUGAUCAGAGGUUCAGGCCCACACACCCCUAAGAGUCCCUCCCCUUUGAGCUUCCCAGAAGAAAUACCGGCCAGCCGACUGACAGCUCAAGGCCAGAGCGACACAGACACCAGCGACUCAGCCGCUUCCCAAGACUCCCGACAGGGCGAGCCCUCGGCCGUGGAACCCGUUGUCAUGGUAACUCCUGAACUCAUGGCGGCCCACUGCGGCCUGCUGGCUAACCUGCUGGCCCUCCUGCCAGAUUUCACCCUCACUGCUGUGCGACACAACCAGCUCCUCCAGGCGCUGGCCAGUCUGGUGAAUAUCGAGCCUAUCGAGAAAUGUCUGAGCGAGCUGAAGACACCCAACAUCCUUCCAGGAGAGAGAGAAGACAUCAAGAGCCAGCUUGUCACGUUACUUCAGUUCCUGUCUAGCUUCUGCAAACUGCUGCAGUCAUGUGUUGUGGUAAGCCAGGAGCUGAUUGGACAGAUGGACUUCCUGAAGCAGCUGGUGGCUACACUCGUGGCAGUGCUCAUGCUGGAUACCAAAGGACUAGAUGCAGGUACCCGGGACGCAGUGUGUGUGUGCUGGGCAGACGUGUUUAUGCUCCUGGCUACUCUGGUGAGGAGGGACAGCUCAGCGUCGUACCCAUCUGUCUCUGCUGCACUGGGGAGACGCUGGCGGACAUUUGCAGGAACACUUUCAGUGUGUGUGAAUGAGAAGCUCCUAGAUCCUCUUCUUCACUCCGUGGCUCUGCAGUUUCUCUGUGCAAUCUUCACCGAAGAGACAAAGAGUCAGGGCGUAGAUGUCACUGACUCUAAACCUGCUUCAGCUUUGUCUGAAGUUGUGAAUGGCCCCUCAGCCAGCCAGCUGUGUGAACUGCUGCUGCAGAGUUUUGAGAAGAGGACCCUUCAGGACCCUUUAAAGAAGCUGACAGCCAGAACCCUGAUGACACUGUUAGCCUGCAGCCCUACCGCUCAAAACCACGCAACCAAAGCUGGUCUUAUUGACAGCUGUGUGGAGCAGAUGAAGCAAACUCACUCCCAGCUCCACCUGGAGUCCGUCCGACCUGGUAAAGCCGCUCACCGCAAAAAGGAAGAAAGCUAUUUAAAGGAAAUCAAGCUGACUGUUGAGAUCCUGCGGAGCGCUCUUUAUCGCAACGAUGAAUGCAAAUCGGUGGCCACAGAUGCUCGCCUGACACUGGCACUCUAUGCUCUCUGGCCUUGGCUCCUAUUGGAUGACCCCACCAUGGAGGCGGUGCUGGAGCUUCUGUGCGUCUACACGGCCAACUGCACCACAGCAUGCAGUUCCCUCUGUGGAGGUGGUCCUGGUGCUGCACCAGGCUCUAAAGGCACCCUGAGCAACUCCCUGAUGCACUGCAUCAUGAAGCUGGCCUCAGGGGUCGCCCCAGAUAACAGCCAAGUCCAGAAGCUUGCCUUCUCCCUGUUGGCUAACCUCGCUACAUCCAGAGACUGCAGAGGCCUCCUGCAAAAGAAUAACUUCCUCCAAGCGUUCCUGUCGGUGCCAAUGCCGAAGGCGAGUGGUGUGAAGGCCACAUCUGUAAGUUGUGGCAGUGGGAGCCUGCUGGGCCUGUGGCUGAGGCUGAUAGUUAAUCUCUCGUUCAUGGAAGAUGGCCAGCUGAGUAUCCUUAGGGUGACUGGAGCUCUGGAACUGCUGGCAGACCUGGCACAGCAACGGCGCCACGCUCUGCUCACCCUUCACAACCUCUGCUCCUGUCCUGCCAACAAGCCACAUGUACUUGCCAACGACAAAGCCAUGAAGGUGUUGCUGAGCUGUUUGGACAGUAAAGACAUGGAGACCCGAUGUAUGGGGGCUUCUUCACUUUGGAAUUUGCUCCACAACAAUCAAAGGGCCAAGACUACUUUGAAGUGUCCCUCUGUUCGAUUGAGAAUCGAGGCGGCACGUAGCAUCUCAAAGAAAGCAGAUGCAGAAAACAAGCAGGAGCCUGUGAACACGUACCUGAUGAAGUGCCUUGAAAACCUCUCCCAGCUGCUAAACAAGUGAUGUUAUUUAUUAUUUGCUUUAAUCAUGUUUUAUACAAGCCUACUAUGAACUUGUUUUAAUAAUAAAGUACUCGUGGGGGA